AUGUCUGUCAGCCCGCCGACCAGUGUGACGGGGAGUCCAAUUCGCCCCCUGAGAUCGAGGCGGGGGUGCAAAACUUGCAAAAGUCGACGGGUCAAAUGCGGAGAGGAGAAGCCGGCCUGUGUCCGAUGCACCAAGACAGGUCGCCAGUGCCAGUACGAAGGUACCACUUUCGGCACAUUUUCCUCCGCACCUGCCACCGACUCCAUCCUAGACAACCCUCUUUCAUCAUCCCCGAAUACCGUCUGGCGAGAACGCCGCGCCUUUGCCUAUUAUUUCCAACACACCGCUCUAUUUGUCGGGGGUGGGCUAGAAACCGACUUCUGGAGCACCAUCGUCCCGCAAGUGUCCCGGAGUGAACCGGCUGUGUGGGAUGCCAUCAUCUCCCUCAGUGCACUGUUUGAGAGUCCUGAGCCAUGUCCAGAUAUUGCUUUCUUACGCGAGAAAGAUCUCCGUAUUCUAAACCAGAACCACCGAGAUGCGUUGGGCUGGUAUUCCCGCUCGAUGUCUUCAGUGCGUCAGCGCCUGGAUCGCGGUGAUGGAGACAUCUCUGUCGGACUGGUGAGCUGCGUGCUAUUCAUGUGCAUUGAAGCGCUCCAGGGAGGUGUGCCACAGGCGACGCGACUUUAUACGCAAGGUGUCCAACUAAUUAUGAAUCUGCGCGCUCAAAUUGCCUGCGGAGCUGUGGAGCCAUCCAAAGCCGCCCUGUUGGAGAACAAUAUCGUCCCCAUAUUCGUCCGUCUGGGAGCAAUGGCGCUGAACUUUUCCGCAGUUCCGGUCGGCGCCUUACUACCUGACGCUGAACAUGCAUUGACACAAGGGUUCGCCUCACUCAGAUCCGCUCGCGAGGGCAUCGUUCUCUUGGCCGCAGAGAUUCAGCUCUUCCACCGCACCUGCUUGCAGCACCUAGUGAUGUCUCAUCCUUCUCAAUUAACUUGGGAACUAUCAUGUCAACAGAUGGACCUCCUGGCUAGGCUCAAGAGCUGGCAUGAAGCCUUUGUCAAUUUGAUGAAAUCCCUACGCUCAACAGAUGCUUUAUCACCCCAGGAGAUUGGCACCGGCGCCCUUCUCCUCACUCAGCACGAAAUGCUAUAUGUAAUGGCUGCGACUUCCUCAUCGCUUUUAGAGACGGCAAACGACAGUUACCUACCACAAUUCCAAAAUAUCGUUGAGCAGGCUAGCAUCGCUCUAGAUGCUUCGGUUCGAUCCGACGGGUCACAACCGCCGCUUACAAUUGAACUCAGUGUUGCCAUACCACUUUGGAUCACCAGUCUUAAAUGUCGGGAACCCCGACUCCGACGCGCAGCGCUAACCCUGACAGGCCGAGCGCCUCCGGUGCAGGGGUUCUACAAGACCGCCUCUGGAAUAAGGUUGCUCGAAACGCUCAUUGCAAUAGAAGAGAUGUAUGGAAGGGAAAUCAAGGCAGCCCAAGGGAUGACAAGUCCUCAGAUAUCGGCAUUAAUGAAUGAGCUCGAUGAACCACAUCGCCGAGGAAGCAGUAGUGAUAUAUUCAGAUUUGACCUCGGAAGCCUUCCCGCCACACCCGACUUGGACUUCGCCUCGAGUCCAUAUUCGUUGGGCACGGAAUUGGGAAGCGAACCGACAGCUGAAGACCUCAUCCCAGAAGAGGCACGCAUAAAACCAAUCAACAUUUUUCGGGUCCAGGAUGGCUUUCCUCCGGGAACGACAGAGGAAGACAUUGCAAAGUGGAGCCCAUACCGUGAUCAAAGCUUUAUGCACUUUCUCCGGAACGAGCGUGAUCCUAUCACCGGCAAUUGGCAGAUAGUCCACGGUUUCACUCCUAUCGACUACUGA